GUUGAUCGAUAACGUCAUCUUGAGUUGCAUCCCUACAUUCAGUUCGAGUUGUAAAGAUUGGAAAGUACUGGAAUUGAUUCUAUCUAUGUUGAAUGCGACACGCCCGUCAUGUAACGUCACUUCCUUUUGACAACGUGAUGGCUUCCGUUGCUCGGCAACGACUGCUUCCUUUAAUCUUUGAGGCUGACGCCCCCGCCCCCCCAACUGUUGCUUUGCUCUGUAGGGCCCCCGGAGCACUUUGGCCCGCGUACUCCCGUACUUUUUGUUUUGUCGGGGUUGUCUUGUGACUGUUUCACACGCGUCAGAUGUGAUGGCCAACGCGUACCGGAACAACGCGCUGGUGACGUCGUGUCUUCAGCGGCCGGUGGACCCGCACACCGGGGCGCCGCUGGCCUCCUACGAGCGGGACGAAGGACCGCUCAACUCGGAGCCGACUCACUCGGACAACCGCGGCGGCUACCGCGAGGACGAGGACGAGGUGGCGCGCGGAGACGCCGGCGACGAGGAGGGCGGGGCCCGGGCCGCGCCCGGCGACCUCAAGACGCGCGCCGAGGUGGAGCUGGAAAACGCCCAGCUGAGACGGCGGCUGCAGGAGACGUCCGAGUGCCGCAACCAGUUCCGCGCCAGCCCCGCGCCGGCGCACGUCCGCCCGCCGCUUGACGAGGAGCCGCGGCGGGAGCGACGCGGGGACACGCGCCAAGACCGCCACCUCAACACGAAGCCUUUCAGCUUCCUGGAGAGGGAGCGCCUGAAGAAGGAGCAGCGCCGCCAGCCGCCGACGCCGGGCGAGCCGGAGCAGGUGAAGCCCUUCAAGGCCAAGCCGGUGCCCGGGUGGGCGUACGCGUCGGCGGCUGGCGAGCUGAGGAAAGAGCAGCGGCCGUACCGCCCCAUCAAGAAGCAGACGAGAGCCCGGGAGAUGCCCCGCAGCGCCUCGGCCCCUCCCGGCGCGCUCAGCAAACGACCGGCGGAGAGCAAGAAGCGCAACCGGCGGCCCCCCGGCUUCAGCCGCCGCCGCCGCCCGAGCGUCAACGGGGGCGUGCCCGACUUUGAGGCCGCUUUCAAGCGCUUCCGCGAGCACCUGGAGGAGAGCGCCGAGCUGAAGCCCGCCACCACGUGCCGGCCCUUCCGGCUCAGCGCGGGCCCCCGCAUUCCCGCGGGGGCCCGCGAUCUUUUUUUUUUACUCCGUGUGCUUCUUGUUGCCUUGCUCAGGAAGCAAGAGCGCCAGCGCAGGAGGGAAUAUCAGCAGGAGAUCAAAGAGAUGGAGGAGCGCGUGAAAGGCAGGCCGCUGCUGCUGGAGCAGGUUGCCCAGAAGAACGCCAAGCAGGCGGCGCAGAAGCGUUUUGCCGACACGUUGCGCCGAGCCCACCUGAGCGAGGACUUCCUGCGCGGGAAGGCGCCGCGCACCCCCGCCGACGAUGCCACACGAUGGCGGCGCAGCAUCGCUUUGGAAGACCGGACGUCUCGUCGCGCUUGUCUCGUUUCGGCCAGCGAGUCUUCCGAGGCGGAGGAUGCCGCCCCGUCGCCCGCCCGCUAUCUCCUGGACGACCGAGAGGGACGCGGCGAGGCUUCACAUGACACCGGCGAGGACGCCGCUCGCCACUCAGCAGAGGAGGCCGAGCGCGGGAAGCGGCAGGACGACGACGAGGGACUUGCUUAAACCUCACCCGGCUGAUGGAAAUUUCAAGUUGCCCUUAAUUUCAUGCAUUUUGAAGGAACAAUCGCAAUCUUGGGAUAUGUGGCACUUUCUUUCAAAAUGAAUUAAAAAAAGCGUUCCAAAGCCCUUUGCGUUAUUUCGCAAUCAAACUCCCUCCACCGUGUGGCGUGAUUUUUUUUUUUGGAUUUGACUUGAUUCGUUAAGAGUCAUCACCCGG